AUGUGCGAGGGACGGUCGCCGAGGCCACACUGGAGGCGCGGGAGCUCGAGGCAACGCGCCGCUGAGCCGAUUUUCGCCGCGGCUCUCCGCCCCACGCCGCCGAGCGGCGCAGCCCGCCGCGCCCACGCCGGACGACACAACAGGACCGCGACGCAAGCGCCGCCGGGCGCCCGAGAGCGACGGCGAAACCGGCGCCGGCGACGAAGUGGCGCAGCCGCGCCCGCACCACGCCCCACGCGGCCGCCGACCGCGGGGGGUGGGCGCGGCACGCACGGCGCGCCAGAAGACCGCCACCGACGACGCACCACGCGCCUGCGGCCGGCGCAGCACGCCGACCUCCUAGCGGCGCGCGCCUCGCGCACUUCAGACCGCCGGGCCGCCACACUUCCGCCCGCGAGCUCAGACGGGGGGGGCGCAGCCCCCCUCCGCAUCCCACCUCUCCGCAGAACACCGCCGCGCCAGGCCCCUCCGGAAGCGGUAGACGCCCACACCAGCGCGGCAGCCGCCCUCCCGAGAGGCGCCGACAAUCAGACCGCGGAAGCCGCCCUCGCCACGAGGCCGCGCCACCCUCGACGCGGCCGGCGCCGUCGCCAACUUCAGCGGCCGGCUACGCCGCACCCCUCCAGCAGGCGCCGACGCCGCCUGCCGCCCCCUCCAGUUGCCGGGGGGGGCCGGCGCGGCCGACGAACAAGUCCGGCAGCGCCCGCCCCCUCCGCCGCCGCCGCCCGCCCCCGCCGCACGCCGCACACCCCUCCGCAGCCGCCCGCGUGCCUCUUUACCUUUGCCGGAGAGCAGCAGAUGCUUCAUUCUCGGAGGUUGGAAUUUAACAAAGAGUUGGAUGACGUCCAUGAACACGAGACGUUGAGUCUUCGCGAGCGUGGACGUGGGAAGCCAUAG